ACAGUGUUGACACAUACGGGUAUUCAAAUCACAAAAGUUGUCAUCAUUUUGGCGGUCUUCCUCGUUUUUGCACACGUUUUACGAUGGCAAUGAAACGAGUGCGAUCACAAGAAGAAGGGAGCGACGUCAGCUACAAACGCAAGCGUCUCUUCGUCGUGGAUAAAGAAGCUCAAUCAGUGCUGGGUCGAGCGCAGUCUUUCUCUGAUCUAUCACCACGUCUUCGAUCUGUUGGCAUACUGACAAGUGGCGGAGACUCGCAAGGAAUGAAUGCGGCCAUUCGUGCAGCUGUUCGAGUUGCGAUGUUUAAGGGUUGCCACGUGUAUGGAAUCAAGGAGGGAUACUAUGGCCUUGUCAAUGACAUGAUAGACGAACUAGCAUGGAAUGAUGUCUCAGGCAUCAUGCAAUUGGGAGGCACAAUGCUGGGAACAGCUCGGUGCACUGAUUUCCGAAUGCGAGAGGGAAGACUGCGCGCAGCAAAGAACAUGGUAGCACACGGCAUAAGCAAUCUGGUCGUGAUCGGUGGAGAUGGCAGUUUAACUGGAGCAAACAUUUUCAGAGAAGAAUGGCCACAGUUGCUGGAAGAUUUAGUGAAAACAAAUGCAUUGAGAAAGCGGGACAUAGUUGGUCUUGAAUACCUCAAUGUUGUUGGUAUGGUUGGUUCGAUUGACAACGAUUUCUGUGGCACUGACAUCACAAUUGGCACAGACUCAGCUCUUCACAGGAUUGUAGAAGCUGGUGAUGCUUUGACUAGCACGGCUUCAAGUCACCAACGUUCGUUCGUACUUGAAGUGAUGGGAAGACACUGCGGAUAUCUUGCUUUAAUGUCAGCAUUAGCUUGUGCUGCAGACUGGGUGAUGGUUCCUGAGGAUGCACCGUCUGAGGGUUGGGAGAUGAACAUGUGUAAUGAGCUGAAACGAGCUCGUUGCAAUGGUCGUCGUUACAGUCUUGUUAUCGUCGCUGAAGGAGCUGUUGAUCGACAGGGAAAACCAAUCACAGCACAGGGUGUCAAACAGAUCAUUGAGAGUGUUCUUCAGCAUGACACUCGUAUUACGGUCCUUGGUCAUGUUCAACGCGGUGGAACACCAUCUGCAUACGAUCGCAUCUUGGGCUGUCGUUAUGGAGCCGAGGCUGUCUUGGCUCUGCUUGAGGCAACACCUGAAACAUCACCAUGUGUUGUUGCCAUGCAAGGCAAUCGAAUACAAAGACUUUCAUUGACAGAAUGUGUUGCAAAAACACUGAAGGUCAGUGAAGCUAUGAAACAGAAAGAUUACAGCAAGGCGCAAGAGAUACGUUCAGUUUCGUUUUCUAAGAAUUUGACACUCUUCAAGAGACUGAGAGGCACAAGACCUCCAGAUGCAAUUAACCAUCACCGACAUUUUACAUUUGGUGUCAUGAAUGUUGGUGCUCCGGCGUGUGGUAUGAACAGUGCGGUUCAGGCAUUCGUUCGUAUGGCCAAGUUUGAGGGUCAUAAAGUGAUGGCAAUUCACGAUGGCUUUAUUGGAUUAUUUGAUGGAAAGAUUGAAGAGUUUGAUGCAAUGUCUGUCAACGAAUGGUCCAAAGAUGCCGGUUCGCUGCUUGGCACAAACAGAGACACGCCCCUUAGUGUUGACAAGUCAUUGACUACAAUUGCUCGACACUUGAGUACAAAUGGUAUUCAAGGGCUUGUGAUCGUCGGUGGCUUUGAAGCAUAUCACAGCAUCGUUCAAUUGUCUGAGGCUCGAGAUCGUUUUGCAGAGUUUAGGAUUCCGAUGGUGUGUAUACCGGCAACGAUUAGCAACAAUGUUCCGGGGACGGACAUAAGUUUGGGUUCUGAUACGGCACUGAAUGCAAUAGUUGAGGCACUUGAUGUGGUAAAAAAAUCGGCGCGUUCUAAUCGUCGUCGUGUGUUUGUUGUCGAAACGAUGGGAGGCUAUUGUGGAUACUUGGCGACACUUGCAGGACUGUCUGGUGGUGCUGAUGCUGCCUACAUAUAUGAAGAAGACGUCACUAUUCAAGAUCUGCAGACUGACUUGAAGCACAUGAUUGGAAAGUUCAGAACCAAGCUUCUUCGUGGCACAAUCGUCAGAAACGAACGCUUCAACGAACACUACUCGACACAAUUCCUCACAUCAUUAUACAAUGCGGAGGGUCAGGGAAUGUUUAUUGCACGUGAACUGGUUCUUGGUCAUUUGCAACAAGGCGGCGCUCCCUCACCGUUUGAUCGCUGUCUGGGCACUAAGUAUGGUGUGCAAGCACUAGAGCAUCUCGUCAAACAAACAACAAGUUCUCUGAAAGAUGGAAUUGUAUCUGCCUCCAGUUCUUCUCAUGCUUGUGUACUUGGAGUUGUCGGCAAGAAAUCAACACUAACACCAGUGCAAGACCUCAAACCCAAAACAGACUUCAAGCAUCGAUUGCCACUGGAUCAGUGGUGGUUGAAGCUGCGUCCGCUCAUCAAAGUGCUGGCUAAGCACAAAAGCCAUCGAUUUGAAGGAGAACGUUAUCAACAGGAACGUGAUGGACCGGAGACAGAAUCUGAAGAGAGCAUGGAUCUCAUGUAGACACUUCCUACAGUCGGAGGUGACAGUCUAUAAUGAUAAAGUGUGUGUGUGUGUGUGUGUGUGUGUGUGUGUGUGUGUGUGUGUGUGUGUGUGUGUGUGUCACUGUGUGUGUACAGAAUUUUGUUUAUUAAACGUAUUAAUGUUGCUGUAUUAUUCUGGUUGAUGAAAUUAAUGUAUUACUGAGAAUUUAUAAUUUCUAUAUUUUCA